AUGUCAUCUAAAUAUGAAGAAUCUGAAUAUUCUGCUUUGCCUUCAAGAUCUGGAUCCAAACGGUAUUCUCCUGUGCUUUUCAGUCAAAACCAGGCACAAUCAGAGCUACAACCACCAUUUGAAUCUUCACAGGAUCAACAACAACACACAAAUCAAGAUCAGGUUGCAUAUGAUUAUUCCCUGGUGCAGAAUUCUUAUAGUGCAUUUGGUUCUUGGGAUUCAGUGCUUAACAAAGACAUUUGUCGACUCUUAGGCAUUCCCGACGCACCUUCAGUUAAGUCAUCCGAAGAGGGAAAGUGGUCUGCCUUGCUCUUGGAUACCGUUCCUACACCUGAUACUAUCGUAACAAUACCACUGAAAGAACAUAGUAUUAAAGGUGGUACUACUAAUCAUAUAAUAGACUCAAUACCGUCGUCAACUGACACUACAAAUACCCCGGAUAUUUCACUUACUAUGUCUAAUGAUACAUUAGAUCUUUUAACUCCAAGGGACAUUCAAUACGAAAAUACCCUGUACUUCCGAAACCAACAACCUCCACAAAGCGCCCGUUCCUCAAUGAGACAGAAUCCUUAUUUACUAUUGGAGGGCCACCAUCAGGUUCCGGCAAAAUAUUCUCAAUUUAUCUUGAGACAACUAAGUCCAGGUGAUUUACUGGCGGAUUUGGAUCAUCUUUCCAGAUUUACCGACUCCGAAUCAAAUGGAGGUGGGUCUCUUUUCCAUCCAAGUAUUAUGACUACUACAUCUGGUGAUGAAGCAGCCACUACCACCAGAAAACAAUUUAUACGUCAUGGUCAUCAUAAUUCGGAAACCGGAUCUCAAGUAACAAUCUUUUCCACUCGAGAUCAACACUUUGCCAUGAACAUUAGACGUAACACCAGCGGUGGCCACAACAACAACCAUCGAAAGUCUGUGAAAUCAAUGACUCGAUCAGAUGGGAUACUUGAUUUGAAGGCAGCAGCUCAUCAUAAUAAGAGACAACUUCAUCAACCACAAGACAACUCCAGUACCGCCAAACCACACUUGACCAGAAGUAAGGCUAUCAAGAACAAAACUGGAGGGUAUUUGUAUCGAUUGAAGGUUCGAAUGUUAAGGCUUGCAGCUAAAAUCAAAAAGUUCAAGUUUUAUAGCUUCAAAGUCAAAUCCAAAAGACAACCAACCAUUAAACAGCAUAAACCCAAAACGAUUCAAUUAAUAAGAAACUUUAGAGGUUCAAUCUCUUCUUCUUCCAAUGCCAAUCAUCUGGUGCACAAAAUUUCCAAUAUGGAACAAGUUAGAAUGUUAUUGAAUAAACCAUUGCCAGCGAUCAAGGGUAACACUAAUAAUGACCCCACCAAUCAAGACACUAAUACUACUACUCAGGACACAAUUACUAUAACCCAAGACACUACUACUAAAAAGAAUAUUAUCAAUACCAGUACAUCCAACCCCCUUUCCAACCCCUUGAGGCCUCCUAAGUUACGGCACCCCCAUCUCCACCCCAACUCCAACAAUUCGCGACUCAUGGAUAUGUCACCCAGCUAUGAACGGUUCUCAGACAUGUAUGAGCUUUCAAAGAAUAGAAAGAGACAGAAUUUAUUGAAGUUCCAAAAUGAGCAACGUCACCUGGCUCUUGAAUGGGAUUUUGUUCAACUUUGGCAAAGCUACUUGUUCUAUGUGUUUUGUAAACGGAUGCAACUAAGAUUUGAAAUCAACCAAUUCAAACAGUUUUUAUCUAUGGAAUACGCUAGAAUGAGGAAGGCCAGUAAUCAUGUUUCAGAACGGUCCAAUACCAUAAAAUCUUCAACAGUAGCUUCUUCUUGUUAUGAUAACAUGUCCAUAUCAUCAUCUUCAUCUUCUACAUCCUCAAGUACAACAACGUCAAAGACAACCUCAAUGGAUGCCCGGUUCAAACAAAAGUUCAACAGAAGAUCUAUGCUUGGAGAAAUGUUGGACUAUGAUUCAGAUCUUGAUACUGAAACAGCUUCAAUCACAACCCUUGGUUCCCAAUCUUAUGCAUCAAAUGCUUAUGGUGCCAUCAACAAUACUAAUAAAAGAAUUAAUACAUAG